AUGCAGCGCUUAGCCUGCGCUGACCUUUGCACACCUUGCCGUGUUCGCAGCUCGGCGUCGCAGGGCCAGCCGCAGCAGGCGUCGUCUGCGGGGGCGUCGGGCCUGUCCCUGGCGCAGGGCGGCGCCGGAGACGCGGCCGCCGACAUCCCGCGCUUCAAGGUCGCCAUGCUGGGCGCGUCCGGCGUCGGCAAGACGGCGCUCACCUGCCAGUUCACCACCUCGGAGUACAUCUGCGCCUACGACACCUCGCUCGAUGAGGAGUUCGGCCAGAAGACGGUGUCCGUGAUGCUGGAUGGACGCGAAGCCGAACUUGAAAUCGUCGACCACCCAGCCUCAGAGAUGUCGGUGGAGAGCUACUGCACGACGUACAACCCGGACGUGUUCGUGGUGGUAUACUCGGUAGUGGACCGCAAGACGCUCAAGGCAGCCGAGGACAUCCUGCUGUUCCUGUGGAAGAACGACUACGUGGCGUCGCGUGGCGUCAUCCUGGUGGGCAACAAGGCAGACCUGGAGAGGCGGCGGGAGGUGCCCAUGGCUGGUAAUGCUGGUGACUUCCUGCGGGAAUAA